CUUUCCUCUUCCUCUGUCUCUGAACCCACUCUCACUCACUCACUGCUGCUGCAUCUUAACCAGCUGCUGCCCUCUCCAAUUCUCCAUCCCCUGAUAGUUGCUUCCGUGGUUCCUCCGGGAUCUGGUGAUGGAUGCGGUGGAAGACACCAUGCUGGAGGCCGCCAUUGGGUGGCUUGCAGACACCAUCCUUGCAAAUCUCCCAGACGGCGGCAAGCUGGAUUCUUGGAUACGGCAAGCUGGCCUCGGCAACGACAUCGGGAAGCUCAAGGCCGAGGUCGAGGCGGUGGAGAUGGUGAGUUCUGCUGUGCAGGGGAGGGCGGCCGGGAACAAGCCGCUGGCCCGAUCCCUCGCAGCCGUCAAGGAGCUGCUCUACGAUGCCGACGAUGCGGUCGACGAGCUGGACUGUUACAGGCUCCAGCAGCACCAGCUCCAGCCAGAGACACUGCUCCAAACGGAUGGAACGCAACAAACUGUUGAGAAUUCUAGAGAAAAUACUGAUGAUGUACAGGGUUGCGGCAAUAACAGGUUACGGUCCGAGGUAUGGGAUCAAUUUGAAAUCACAUCUUUUCUUGAACAAACCGGAGGGCCUUCGCCUUCGAGAGCAAGAUGCAAGCGCUGCCAAACAGAGCUUAUGUGCGGAACCAAGAAUGGGACAUCAGUUUUGCGCAAACAUCUCAUCACCAAAGGUUGUAGCAACAAACGUGGAGCAACUGACCCUUCUUCAAGCACUGCUGGUGCUACUACGAUUCCUACGCAUGUUGCAGCUGGUAAUUUGUCUAGCAGAAAAAGGAUGAGAAUCGAUCAGGAGUCAACACACAUCACCGCAGCUAACCCAAACGGUUGGAGUAAGGGUGCAUUUUCUGAAAGGAUACAAGACAUCACUAGUCAGCUGCAAGGGAAACACGGGGCUAUCACAAGGCUUCUCAAGAUACUUGGGCCAGACUCAGGUGUUGCAAGUUCUAAUCAUCACUGUCAUAUUACAAUCUCAGAUGCACGCCGAAGAACAUCAGCUCUUGUUCAAGGGAAAGUGUAUGGGAGAGCUCAAGAGAGGGGAUCCAUCAAAACGUUGAUAAAAAAACACAGAUCAACUGAAGGUGUAACUGUUCUGCCUAUUGUAGGCAUAGGAGGAGUUGGGAAGACAACUCUCGCUCAGCUUGUAUACAAUGAUCCAGCUUUGGAAAGUCAGUUUGAUCACAAGAUAUGGAUUUGGGUGUCUAGCAACUUUAAUGAAAUGAGACUCACAAGAGAGAUGUUAGAUUACGUCUCACACGAAACACAUGAUGGCCUAUGCAGCUUUCCCAAGCUUCAGGAGGUCUUGAAGGGUCAUUUUAAAUCAAAGCGGGUUCUACUUAUUUUAGAUGAUGUAUGGGAAGCCAUGGAUGACGGCCGAUGGAAAAAAUUGUUGGCUCCUUUCAAUUCUAAUGGUGCAGCCGGCAAUAUGAUAAUUCUGACAACUAGAAAACCGUCUAUUGCCAAAAGGAGAGGUACAACUGGACCAAUUAACUUACAUGGUUUGGACAAUGAUGAUUUCUGGCUAUUGUUUAAAGCAUGUGCAUUUGGUGAUGAGAAUUACAAAGAGCAAGCAAGUCUAAGUGACUUAGGACAUGAAAUAGCAAAAAAGUUAAAAGGGAACCCAUUAGCAGCACAAACCGCUGGGGCACUAUUAAAAGAUCAUCUUACUGUGGAUCACUGGAGUAACAUUCUGAAGACCGAAGGUUGGAAAUCCUUGCAACACACUGGUGGCAUCAUGUCUUCUUUGAAGCUUUCCUAUGAUGAGCUGCCCUACCUUAUGCAGCAAUGUUGCUCAUAUUGUUCCAUAUUCCCCUAUGGUUAUGAAUUUCAUGCCGAGGAGCUAGUUCAUCUUUGGAUUUCGCAGGGGUUUGUGAAGAGUGAUCAUUCAAGUAAUAGUUUGGAGGAGAUGGGACGGUAUUAUCUGAUUUACUUGGUGAACCCGGGCUUGUUUGAGGAGGUUGAAGGUCGAACUUGCUAUGUUAUGUGUAGCCUGAUCUAUGAUUUUGCAAGGCUAGUUUCAAGAACGGAGUGUGCAGCCUUGGAUGGUUUGCAGUGCAGUGGAAUUUUGCCAACUAUACACCAUUUGUCUAUAGUAACCAAUUCUAUAUAUCAGAGGGACCACCAGACUGGAAACAUACCUCGUAAUGAGAGGUUUGAAUUUCGCUUGCAAAAUAUAGUUGCAUCAGUGAGAAAACUGAGAACAUUGGUCUUAAUUGGGGAAUAUGACUCCUUUUUCUUCAAAGCAUUCCAAGAUGUAUUUGAAAAAGCACAUAAUCUGCGUUUGCUACAAAUGUCUGCAACAUCUCCUUGUUUUAAUUCCUUUCUGUGUAGCUUGGCAAAUCCCACACAUCUUCGGUAUCUAAAAAUUCAGGAUGGCCAUACUGAGCAGAAGGCUUCGCCCCACAUUUUGAGCAAGGUUUUUCAUCUUCAAGUAUUGGAUGUUACUUUCUUUAAGCCAUUGCAUACGGUUCUUCUAGAGGAUUGCGGAGAAUUGAGAAUAUCUUUGGAAAUGCUUCGGUUUCUUAAAAGGUUGAAGUUGAGCAACAUGCAGAGAGUAAGCGAAGUAUCGAUUCCGUCAUUGGAGGAGCUAGUUUUAGAUGGAAUGCCAGAUUUACAGACAUGUUCCUGCACUUCCGUGGGGGAUAUGAAGUCUAGUUUAAGGGUGCUGGAGAUCCGGAGAUGCCCUUUACUUGAGGUGUUCGAUCUGUUUCAGAAAGGUGGUAACUAUGGAAUUGAGCAUAAGUCGUGGUUGCCCAGUCUGAGGAAACUCAUUGUGUGCGAUUGUCCUCGUCUACAAGUACAUACCGCCCUUCCGCCUUCAGCAACAUUUUCUGAACUAUCAAUUAAUGAGGUUUCAACAAUUAUGGCAAUGGAGGGAUCUUCCAUGGAAAAAUUAAAAAUUAGCGGAGAUAAACUUUUGUGUGAUACACUCGAUGACAAAAUUUUGGCAUUCCAUAAUCUUAAAGAUAUCAAAUACUUGGAGAUAUUGAAUUGCAAAAGCCUAACAUCCAUUUCAUUCAAAGGCUUAAGUCAGCUCAUCUCCUUAAAGAGUUUUAAAAUAGUGCACUGCAAAGAACUUUUCUCUUUGGAUGAUGUACUAGAGCAGACCCAUGACAACAUGAUAAUUGCAAAUGAAGAUGUUCUCACAGCUCUUGAAAGUCUUGAUAUUAUCAGAUGUGGAAUAACGGGAAAGUGGCUAUCUUUGAUGCUGCGACAUUCACCGACCCUGAAGGAAUUGUAUUUAUAUGACUGCCCGCAGUUGAAACAGUUGAAGAUAGAAGAGGAAGGAAAUGUUCAACCAAACCUUCUCCCAGCUUUCGAGGCUUCGUCAUCCGGGUAUGCUGAUGGAGUCGUGCACAUUCCAUUGAAUCUCAGAAAGAUAAAAAUUGGUAGAUGCCCUCAUAUAAUAUUUGACGGGAGUAGGGAAGGAUUUACCUCCUCCUCACAGGUAGAGAACAGAAGAUGUCUCCUCCCGCAAUCACUUGAACAUCUUGAUUGGUCUGAUUAUUCCCGAGAAACUCUACUGCCCUGUUUUGUGGGUAAUCUCAUGUGGCUCAAAAAAUUAAAUGUAAGGAAUGGAAGAAGUUUGCAAUAUCUAAAACUUGAUUCCUGUAAGGCGUUGGAAGAAUUGGAAAUUCGCGAUUGCAAUCAGCUCGUCACAUUAGAGGGCAUGCGAUCGCUUGGAACCCUCAUGUCUCUGAAAUUAUCUUAUAACUCAAGAUUGAAAUCUCUGCAGCUGCAUUCCUGCAUGUCGCUGGAACGUUUGGAAAUUUGGUUCUGCAGUUCGCUCGUCACACUAGAGGGCUUGCGAUCCCUCGUGAAGCUUAAGCAUUUGUUAAUACUCAAGUCCUCUGCCUUGGGCUUGGGAUCCCUCGUGAACCUCAAGCAUUUGGAAAUACUUGAUUCCCCUGCCUUGGAUUCCCUUACCGCACUGGAGAGUACCGAGCCAGCUGGGGGGAUUUCAAGUCAUAGCCAUGAGUUAUUCCCUGCACUGGAAAGUCUCGCGAUCGAUGACUUGUCUCCCCUUAACAUGUCAUUCUGCAAGGGCCUCACCUGCCUCCGAAGCCUAAGGCUUGUUUAUCCGGAUGCAAGGAGACUAACAGAUGAGCAAGAGAGAGCGCUUCUGCUCCUCAGCUCCCUGCAAAAGCUCGGCUUUUAUGCUUGUAAGGGUCUCGUACAUCUUCCCGCAGGGCUGGGAGGCCUCCCUUCCAUGAAGAAGUUGGAGAUCAGGUGGUGUAAACAAAUCUCAGGGCUUCCCAAUGCGGGCCUCCCACCUUCGCUCGAAAAACUGAUGAUCCGUUAUUGCAGCGUCGAGUUAUCAGAACAAUGUAGAUCGCUAGCAACAAGCAAGCUGGAGGUCAAAAUUGAUGGGGACUAUGUGAACUGAUUACAGAGUAUCUUUCUAAGGUUGAACAGGUUGUUCGCUCAAGCAGUUGAACACCACCGAGGAAAAAGAAAGAAUCCGUUGUCUGCUUGUGUGUCUAAUGCACUUGUUCUGUUCCAGCCUUUUCCAUAUCGCCUCUCUGAAUUUCUUGAUGCUUGCUGAAUGAAUCCAUGGCCUCGCUCUCGGGAACCUCCUGUACAGCAGGUUCCAGUGGGCCAAAACAUAAAACUAGAUUCCGCUGUAAUUGUAAGAGGUUGUAGUCUGAAACCCGUUAGUGAAACUUUAUAAGUAAAUUAUUGUGCAGUGAUGUUGUAUUUUUAAGAACGGAUGUAGAUUUGGUCCAACUGUCGAUUG